UGGGGGUCUGACCAAAAGGCGGCUCUCGUUUUAAAAGACAUACUUUCCGCUUCUCUCCUCCUUUCACGCGGUCUCUCUCUCUCUCUCCCUCCAGCUCUGGUUCCGAGACGUCCCUAGGUGAGCAGAGAGCCCAGCCCGUAGCGGCGUUCACAGCUGAGGUAACAGACGCGAGGGGCACCUCGCUGGAACACCGGCACAGACGCAGAGUUGGAGAAGAAGAACUCCUUCAGGUGGACAUCGUUUCUUCAUCGUUCAACCGAACGCGUUCUGAACUUCUGAAGACCCAAACUGCAACCCGUUGAGUGACAAAAGCUUUGAUUUCUGAUUGGCUGCAGGACCCAAAAACGAGGACAGAUCGGAAUAUCCAAAACCAAGCCAUUGACAUUACGCAACCCUUGCGACAGAAACAAUCAUGGGUCCAAAAAGCCUUCUAGGCUACCUCUUCCUGACUGUGCUCAUCAGUAUGAGCCACACGGGCCUGGUGAAGAAGAUGCUUCGGCAUCGACGAGCCACACUGACACAGCCCAGAGACAACAUCACCCUGCCCAGCGUGGACCAACCGGUGGUGUUCAACCACGUCUACAACAUCAACGUCCCUGCCGGGUCCCUGUGCUCCGCUGACCUGGAGUCCCCCGGGGGAAGCCAGCUGGAGCCCCGAGAUGCACCUGCGUUCUCGGGCCUUCGCACCACCGACCACACCCUGGACGGGGAGAACCAGAUUGUCUUCACCCACCGUAUCAACAUCCCCAAGCAGGCCUGUGGCUGCUCCGAUGGGCAUCAAGACCUAAAGGACCUCCUCAGCAGGCUGGAGAUGCUGGAAGGGGAGGUGUCCUCGCUGAGGGACCAGUGCUCUGGAGAUGCUGGGUGCUGUAGUGCUCAGGUCACAGGUGCGGUGGGGACCAAGCCGUACUGCAACGGCCGUGGCAACUUCAGUGCGGAGUCGUGCGGUUGUGUUUGUGAGGCUGGCUGGAAGGGAGCUAACUGCAGCGAGCCUGAAUGCCCCAAUGACUGCCAGGACCAGGGUCGGUGCGUAGACGGGAAGUGUGUUUGCUUCAAGGGCUUCGCCGGAGAGGAUUGCACUCUGGAAGUUUGCCCAGUGGACUGUGGAGAGAACGGCCAGUGUCAGGGUGGAGGGUGCGUCUGUUCCGAAGGAUUCAGCGGUGACGACUGCUCUCAGACCGACUGCCUGAACAACUGCCUGGGCCAUGGGCGCUGCGUGGAUGGAGAGUGCAGGUGCGAAGAGCCUUGGACCGGAUUCGACUGCUCCGAGCUCAUUUGCCCCAACGAUUGUUACGACCGUGGCCGCUGCAUCAACGGAACCUGCUACUGCGACGAAGGUUUCACCGGGGAAGACUGCGGAGAGCGCACCUGUCCCGACAACUGCAACGGCCGUGGGGCCUGCGUGGACGGACAGUGCGUGUGCAGCCCCGGCUACUCUGGAGAAGACUGCUCCAAGCUCACUUGCCUCAACGACUGCAACGAUCGAGGCAGCUGUUUCAACGGCAUGUGCAUCUGCGACUCUGGCUACCAAGGGGAGGACUGCAGCCAGCUGGCAUGCCCCAACAACUGCAACACCAGAGGGCAGUGCAUCAACGGCCAGUGCGCCUGCGACGUAGGCUUCCAAGGGUACGACUGCUCCGAGAUCUCCUGCCCUAACAACUGCCUCGACAGGGGGCGCUGCGUCAACGGCCAGUGCGUGUGCGACGAAGGCUUUACCGGCGAGGACUGCAGCGUGAAGACUUGCCCCUCAGACUGCUACGGUCGCGGUGAGUGUCAGGACGGCCGCUGCGUGUGCUACGCCGGCUUCGUCGGUGAGGACUGCAGCGAGCUAGCCUGCCCCAACAACUGCCUGAACCGCGGACGAUGCAUCGACGGGCAAUGCGUCUGCGACGAGGGUUUCAACGGGGAGGACUGCGGCAUGAAGGCGUGUCCCAAUGACUGUCUGGGCCGUGGGUACUGUGCGGACGGUAACUGCGUCUGCCAGGAGGGGUACUCGGGGCUCGACUGCUCUGUUCUCACCUGUCCGGACAACUGCAACAGUAGAGGGCGCUGCGUCAACGGAAGGUGUAUAUGCGAGGCUGGCUACACGGGACUGAACUGUGGAGAGCUGAGCUGCCUCAACAACUGCCAGGACAGAGGGCGCUGCGUGGAUGGACGGUGUGUCUGUGAUGAGGGGUACAUCGGUGACGAUUGCUCGGAAGUCUCUCCUCCCAAGGACCUGACUGUAACUGAAAUCACCACAGAGACAGUGGACUUGAACUGGACAAACGACAUGUUGGUCACAGAGUACCUGGUGACCCACGUGCCUACUGCCCCAGGAGGACUGUACCAGGAGUUCACCGUACCAGGAGACAAGACAUCUGCCACCCUCACAGAGCUGGAACCUGGCAUUGAGUAUCUGAUCAACGUGUACGCCAUCUUGAGCAACAAGAGGAGCAUCCCUGUUAGUGCCAGAGUUGCCACAUAUAUCCCCCAGCCAGAGGGUUUGAAGUUCAAGUCGGUGAGGGAGACUUCCGUGGAGGUGCUUUGGGACCAGCUGGACAUUCCCUUUGAUAACUGGGAGCUCCAAAUCCAAAACACGAAAGAAGAGAAUGGGAAAAUCCUGAACACGCUUCCACCCGCUCAGACUACAUUUGAUCAAACUGGUCUUGGACCUGGUCAGGAGUAUGAAGUCUCCAUUGGCAUCGUCAAGAACAACACCAGAGGACCCCAGUUGACAAAAAAGUUUACUACCAGGAUCGACGGACCUCAGCAGGUGGAAGUGAAGGACGUUACGGACUCGUCCGCCCUGGUCGUCUGGUCACGGCCCGUGGUCCAGCCGGACAGACUGACCGUGUCCUACGGGCCCAGCUCAGACUCGUCCCAGAGAACCAGCGUGGAGCUCUCACCUGCGGAUAAACAGUACAACAUCGAAGCUUUAAGCCCCAACACAGAAUAUGAGAUCUCUCUGACAUCCGGGAGAGGAGAUAUGACUAGCGAGCCCGUCCUUGAAAUCUUCACCACUGAUCUGGAUUCCCCCAGGGAGCUAGAGCCCCUGAGCCAGACAGACGACAGCAUCACCCUGGAGUGGAGAAACAGCCAGGCAGAUGUGGACAGCUACAGGGUCAAGUACAGCCCCUUCUCUGGGGGUUCCCACGGCGAGGAACUCAUCCCACGGAGCCCUGGAGACACCACCCUGGCCACCAUCACUGGACUGAAGCCAGGCACCGAGUAUGGGAUAGGAGUGACCGGUGUGAAGAAGGAAAGAGAGAGCCUUCCGGCCACCACAAACGCAGCUACUGACCUAGAUGCACCCAAAGACCUGGAGAUGAGUGAGUCCACAGAGACCACCAUGACUCUGGUGUGGAAAAGACCCCAGGCCAAGAUCAGCUGGUACAAGCUGGUGUACAUCUCCAGGGCUGGGCGGAGGGAGGAGGUGCAGGUUCCUGGAACAGCUACCAGCUUUGUCCUGACCAACCUGAAUCCUGGCAUGAUCUACACCAUCAGCCUGACUGCUGAGAGAGGACCCAGGAAGAGUGCACCUGCCACUUUAUCUGCCUCCACAGCACCCAAGUCUACCUCACCUGACGUAAUUGCUCUAAGUGUCAAAGACGUUUCCACUCUCCAGCCCGCUCCAGAUAUAGGAGCUGGAGCUGUUAGUCCCAGACUCAUAGCCCUGACUACUCCAUCCCACAUACCUCCUUCUGGGAGCUUUACCUCCGAACCGAAGGGCUCAAGCAUGGAGACCCAUGGGCUGGGAGAACUUCAGGUCACUGGCGUGACCCCCAAUGGCCUGAGCCUAGACUGGGCUGCACCCGAGCGGACAUUUGAUCGCUUCGUGGUGGAGCUGAACGCUCUGUCAGGAGAGGCGCAAGCUCACGGGGUAACUGUGCCAGGAGGUAUGAGGAAAGUCCACGUUCCAGGCUUGUCCCCUAAGACGCACUAUGAGGUUACUUUGUAUGGGAUGGUGGAGGGGCAGCGGUCUCUGCCUCUCACAGCUUUUGCCAACACAGAGGAACUGAAGCCCCAGGUGGUGAACCUCACCAUCUCUGACAUCACCUGGGACAGCUUCACUGUGUCCUGGAGUCCCCAGGACGGGGACUUUGAGAGCUUUGUCCUAGAGCUGACAAACCUAGACGGGGGUUCGGAAAGCCAAAACCUCACUUUGUCCGGGGACGCCUUCAGCCUGGGUAUCCCCGGGCUCAGUCCCAACACCGCCUACAUGGUGGGUCUGUACGGCCUCCACCAGGGCUCCUUCCUAGAGCCUGUGUAUGCCGAGGCCACCACAGUGAGCGAGCCAGUGGUUGGCAAUCUUUAUGUGUCUAACUUAACAUCUGAGAGCUUCUCCAUCUCCUGGAAUGGCACUGAUGGACAGUUGGAUGGUUACAUCCUAGAAGUUAUUGACUCAAGCUGGCUGAGCGAACCAGAGGAACAUAACAUAUCCCACAAUGCAAUGUCCCAUGACCUCACAGGGCUAAGGCCCAGCACUGACUAUAUAGCCUACCUCUAUGGAAUUGUCAAAGGAUCGCGAACAAAAGCUGUCAGUACUGUUGCGUCAACAGCUGCAGAGCCUGACUUGUCCAGACUGGUUGUAUCUAACGUUACCUCAGACCGACUAUCCCUGUAUUGGAGAACGGGGGAGCAGACAUUUGAUAACUUUGUAGUAGAGCUCAGAGAGUCUGCUGUGCCCUCUACGGCCAUGGGGCGGGUUCUCCCCGGGGAUGCCCGAUCCACAGUCAUGACAGGGCUUAAAGGGAGCACAGGCUACAACAUUAAACUGUACGCCAGUUCUGGCGGCCGUAACACAAAGUCCCUGUUCGCUGUAGCUACUACAGAACCUGUCCCACAGUUGAGCGCCAUAGCUGUGUCCGAUGUAAACCCAGAUAACCUCACCCUUUCCUGGAGCAAAGUGGCAGGCCACUUUGAUGGCUUUGUCAUCCGGGUCAGUGACAAGGAGCAGCUGCUUGACACACUAGAGUUGCGGCCCCAGGGCCAGGUCCAGAACGUGACCGUCACUGGUCUACAGGAUGACACUGCCUAUGACAUUGAGCUGUAUGGUAUCUCUCAUGGCCACCGUACCCCUUCACUCGUAACCAAUGCGGUCACAGCUCCGCUACCCACGGUGAAAAACCUGACCGUUUCGGACGUAACCCCAUUUGGCUUCCGUGUCUCCUGGGAGGCCAGCGAGCAGCAGGAGGGGACUCCUGGUGGCGGCUUCAGCCACUUUCAGAUAGUGAUAUCGGACUCGGGCUGGCUUCUGGAGCCCCAGGAGAUCACAGUCCCGGGCAACCAGAGCCAACUGGAUAUCUGGGGUCUGAUCACUGGCAUAGGCUAUGAGGUCAAGCUGACCGGGGUGUCUAAGUCUGGACUUCUUUCUCGGCCUCUGACCACAGUGGCUGUGACAGAGGCAGAGCCAGAAGUGGAGCACAUGUUCGUCUCGGACAUCACAGAUGAGAGUUUCCAACUUGCGUGGACAGCUGGUGAAGACUUGUUUGACAGAUUUGUCAUCAAAAUCAGAGACAUCAGAAAGACAACGCAUCCGCAGGAAUUCAACGCCUUCGGUGACGAGAGAACCAAGGUUUUAACGGGCCUUACCGGUGGCACCGAGUAUGAAAUCGAACUCUUUGGCGUCACUCUGGAACGGCGCUCCCAAUCAAUGUUUGGUGUUGCCCGAACAGGCAUGGCUUCUCCAAGGGGAAUACACUUCUCAGAGGUGACCGACACGUCAGCCGUGGUUCACUGGACCACGCCACGCACCCAAGUUGACAGCUAUCGCAUCAUCUACCUACCACUCAUGGGAGGUGGUCCAUUGACAGUGACUGCUGAUGGGACAGAGUCCAAGGCCCUGCUUCCUAGCAUGACUCCAGGUGCGACUUACCAGGUGACGGUGAUAGCUGUGAAGGGCCUGGAAGAGAGUGACCCAGGGACAGACACAGUGACCACAGCUCUGGACAGACCCCAGGGUCUGGCUGCUGUCAACGUCACAGCCACGUCAGCUCUGCUGCUAUGGCAACCGGCUGUAGCCACAGUGGAUGGCUAUGUCAUUACCUACAGUGCAGAAUCAGUGUCCCCCGUGAUCGAACAUGUCUCUGGGAACACGGUGGAGUUUGAGAUGGGCUCCCUGGUUCCUGCCACCCACUACACCAUAGGGGUCUACGCCAUGAGGGACGCCCAGAAGAGCGUUUCGGCCACCACAGAGUUCACCACAGACGUGGACGCUCCCACGGACCUGGUAGCCAGUAACAUCCUGACAGACAGUGCCACGCUGACCUGGAAGCCCCCUCGCGCCACCAUCACAGGCUACGUCCUGACCUUCUCGUCAGCCGACGGCAUCGUCAGGGAGGUCGUGUUAAGCCCUACAGCCACAUCGUACAGUAUGAACCAGCUAACAGGAUCCACAGAAUACAGCGUCAGACUGCAGGCCAUCGCUGGUGCCCAGAGGAGUCAUCGAGUCAACACUGUCUUCACCACCAUUGGAGUGCUGUACAGACUACCCAAAGACUGCGCACAGGCCUUCUUAAAUGGAGAGACCAGCUCAGGUCUGUACACCAUCUACCUUGGAGGAGAAGAAAGCCAGCCCAUACAGGUGUACUGUGACAUGACCACGGAUGGAGGAGGAUGGAUGGUGUUUGUGAGGCGGCAGAAUGGAAAGAUGGAGUUCUUUAGGAACUGGAAAAACUACACCACUGGCUUCGGUGACAUGAACGAUGAGUUCUGGCUUGGUCUUGCCAACCUCCACAAGAUCACGUCUGCUGGCCAGUACGAGCUGCGUGUCGACUUGAGGGAUGGAGGGGAGGAGGUAUACGCCAAAUAUGACAAGUUCACCAUUUCAGAGCCUCGCUCCAGAUACAAGGUCCACAUAGGAACCUACAGUGGAACUGCAGGUGACUCCAUGACCUACCACCAGGGCCGCCCCUUCUCCACUUUCGACAACGACAAUGACAUUGCCGUCACCAACUGCGCCCUGUCCUACAAGGGUGCAUUCUGGUACAAAAACUGUCAUCGCGUCAACCUCAUGGGAAAAUACGGCGACAGCAGUCACAGCAAGGGUAUCAACUGGUUCCAUUGGAAGGGACACGAGCAUUCGGUUCCGUUUGCAGAGAUGAAGAUCAGACCGGUGAACUUCGGAAACUUUGAAAGCAGGCGGAAACGAUCAUAGACUUCAGACCCCCCCCCCCCCCCCCCCCCCAACGUCCACCCCUUAAACUUCUGUUGACAACAUGAACAUUAACAAACAUCGUUGUGUUUGCCACGUACCCCUGCACUGACUUCAUCCCCAAUUCUCAAUCAUAAACAAAGAGUCAGAACAAUCACACACUGGCUCUGAAUAAUGUGAUGGAAGUAUCACACCCGAGACGGCACGAUUUGAUUGAUGGAAAAUGUCACGGAGCUCUUGUAUGUAUAGUAUAGUUUUGUUUUUACAAGUAGAUGUUUGGUGGAGGGUUUAACAUCCAUCUUGAAUUCCAUUUAAAAGUUGAAAUUAGGUCACUACUAUUAUUUCUACCAAAGAUAUUUUACAGCUGAGUGUCAGACUUUACUGUAGAUGACACCAGUGAACCAGGAGUUUGUCAAAGGCACAUGGCAUCGUGGCAUGAUGCCACCUGCAACCCAAUGUACAGACAAGAAAGAAGAUCUCUCUCCGAAAACAAUGACAAAAAGGCAAGACUUAUUAUGUAUAAUUUGAAUUUACCAUAGAGUACAGAGAGGGUGUCUUUAAACUGACUGCUGUGAGGAUGAACUAUCACCAGUUAGGAUUAUACUAGCUAUCUCAAACCACUGAUGCCGAUCAACUCAAAUUUAUGUUUAUAUUUUUGCUCGUUGUCAACUAAAUGAAGAACAGAUAUUUGUCUGUAACUCUCUUGACAAUAAAAGAUAC